CUUCACUGUAGGGCACCAGCUCACUCUCAGGCGCACAGGUCACCCCUCAUCGGCGAGCUGUGCUCGAGGAGAUACCUGCAGGCUGCGGGAUGCCACAUGGGGGAUUGGCAGACAUUGCUGGGAACAGUGCUGCGGCAAAUGUUGAUCUAGACUUCGGUGUGCAUGUGGAUGAUCCAGUUCUUGCCACUGUGGCACAUCACGACGGAGACAUCGGUGCGGACAUGGAGAACCCGGUUGCUGGAACAGAUGAGGACACCGAGGCUGCAGGCGGCGAUGCGUUUUCCACUCCUGACCCUGGGUUGCGGCUGGGGGACAGAUUCACCUCCCUAUUGCACCACGUGGCCCCCAUUGUGCCGAGUGCCUCCACCAUGGACUUCAGGAGACACUUGGCUGUGAUGCCCCCUAUGCGCACUAAUUCCGAGGAGCAGACUCCCGAUUGGGCCAGAUUCACUGGACCAACCCUACCUGCUCUAUGGUUGACCGAGGACAUUCCACCGGAGGCCAGGGCAUGAUCGCAGGGCAUGGUCUACAAGAGGAGGACCCAAGCUGCCAACCAUGGAGGAUGUAAACCUCCACAAGAUGCAGCUGCACGACAUGCAACAGUGUCUC